AUGCCCAAGAUCGACACGCGGCAAUCUGGCCUCAAACAGUACGCCAAUCAUCGCAAUAUCCGCCUGAUCUAUAUCAUCUGCGAAGUCCCGUACCGCCUUGUUGCCGACAAGCGAAAAGGUAUCGCUAAGCUUGAAGAUCUGAAGGGCAAGAAGAUUGGCGCGUUCCCGGUAUCGAACGCAUCGGUCUUCGUCCACAAUAUGAUGAGUAGUGUUGGCGUGCAGGAUUACGAAUACGAGAGAUACGAGACUGUUGACGCGAUGCUUUGUAUGAAGGCUCCGUGCAAAGACAGCGAACUUCCGAAUCUGCUCAAUAAUGGUAGCCUGGAUGCGUACGGAAUGUGGGAAACGUCUGUCGAGCUCGGCGCUAUGGCUCUGGGAGACAACGCGAUAACCUUUCAAAACGCAUCAAUAUACAGAGAAGUUUAUGCGCUGUACUCUACUACAGAGGCUCUGGACGACCCAUCCAAGCGUCAGGAUACUGUAGGAUUUGUGAGGGCGCUCGAGAAGACGCUGGACGUGUUCGCGCAUCGCCCGAAAGAGAACAAGGUAUUCGACUUUGUGGCUAAGGCCGUUGGCGCAGAUGCGGAAGUUGUAGAGGCUGUUUGGGAUGAUCAUAAGUGGGGUGGACGUUGGGAUGAUCGGCUGAUAGACUUUUUGGUAGACGAAGACAAGUAUCUGGCAGAACAAGACAAUAGGACGGUCACCCCAAGGACGGAGUUGGAGAAGUUUCUGGAUUUGAGUAUCAUUGAUGAGUUGUAA